CCCCCGGCCACCCCCAUGGCCUCGCUGCCGCCGCCGCUGCUGCUGCUGCUGCUGGCCGCCUCGGCGACUCUCGCUCCCCACGCCAUCCCGGCGGCCGGAGCCAACGGUAGCGCGCCAGCCCCGACCGUCCUGACGGUGGCCAUGGUGCUGCCCAAGGACAACCCCAACUACCCGUGGGCGCUGCCGCGCGUGGGCCCCGCCGUGGACCUGGCCCUGGAAGCGCUGGAGCCGGCGCUGCGGGCCGCCGGGCUGGCGGUGGAGAAGGUGAUCGCCACGUCCGAGCUGAACGGCGUCUGCUCCGAGUCGGUGGCGCCGCUCAAGGCCGUGGACCUGAAGCUUUACCACAACCCGGACGUGCUGCUGGGGCCGGGCUGCGUGUACCCGGCGGCCGCCGUGGGCCGCUUCGCCUCGCACUGGAGCCUGCCGCUGCUCACCGCCGGCGCCGUGGCCGCCGACUUCAGCCGCAAGCAGGAGCACUACAGCACCAUGGUGCGCGUCGGGCCGUCCGCCCCCAAGCUGGGCGCCUUCGUGGCCCACCUGCACGGGCACUUCAACUGGAGCUCGCGCGCCGCGCUGCUCUACGUGGACCGCAAGACCGACGACCGCCCCUUCUACUUCACCAUCGAGGGCGUCUACGAGGAGCUGCGCCGCGCCAGCCUGGUCGUCGGCUACCACAUCUACGCGCCCCGCGACAACGGCAGCGCCGCCGGCGACGAAGCGGGGGGCCCGGACGCGGCCGUCCAGUUCAUCCGCGCUAACGGGCGAGUCAUCUACAUCUGCGGCCCCCUGGAGAUGCUGCACCAAGUCAUGCGUCGAGCCCAGUCGGAGGGCAUGACCCGCGGUGACUAUGUCUUCUUCUACGUGGACGUUUUUGGAGAGAGCCUGCAAGGGGACGGGCACCAGGGGGCCGCCAAGCCCUGGCAGAGCAAGGAGGGCCAGGACUCGGGCACCUUGCGGGAGGCCUUCAAGACGGUGCUGGUGAUCACCUAUCAUGAGCCCCAGACUUUGGCGUACCGAAACUUCCAGAAGGAGGUGAUCCUGCGGGCUCGGCAGGAGUAUCAGGUGGAGCUCAGUGGUUCACUGAAAAACCUGGUGGCCGGCUGCUUCCACGAUGGGCUGCUCCUCUACGCCUUGGCCCUGAACGAGACCUUCCACGAGGGCGACCCCAAGAUCAACAACAGCCGCAUCCUGGAAAAGAUGAAAGGGCGCAGGUUCCAGGGGGUCACUGGGACCGUGAGCAUGGAUCAGAACAAUGACCGCGACACAGACUUCAACUUGUGGGCCAUGAUGGAGGGGGGGAGUGGCGAGUACCAGGUGGUUGGACACUAUGUGGGAUCGGAGAAGCAGCUGAAGUGGCUGGGGCCUAUCCACUGGGUCAAGGGGCAGCCGCCUCUCGAUAACCCCCCCUGUUUUGACAUGGAUGACCCCUCCUGUGACAAAAGUGCGCUCAGCACCCUGGCGAUCCUGGCGCUGGGGGCCGGACUCACCUUCAUCAUGUUUGGGGUUUCCAGCUUCCUGAUCUUCAGGAAGCUGAUGCUGGAGAAGGAGCUGGCCAGCAUGCUGUGGCGGAUACGCUGGGAGGAUCUGCAGUUUGGGGGCUCGGAGCGCUAUCACAAGGGGGCGGGCAGCCGACUCACCCUCUCGCUGCGUGGCUCCAGCUAUGGCUCCCUCAUGACAGCCCACGGCAAGUACCAGAUCUUUGCCAACACAGGACUUUUCAAGGGAAACGUGGUGGCCAUUAAACACGUCAAUAAGAAGCGGAUUGAGCUGACGAGGCAGGUGCUCUUCGAGCUCAAGCACAUGCGGGAUAUCCAGUUCAACCACCUGACCCGGUUCAUUGGGGCCUGCAUUGACCCCCCCAACAUCUGCAUUGUGACCGAGUACUGUCCUCGUGGCAGUCUGCAGGACAUUCUGGAGAACGAGAGCAUCAACCUGGACUGGAUGUUCCGCUAUGCCCUCAUCAAUGACAUUGUCAAGGGCAUGGCCUUCCUGCACAACAGCAUCAUUGGCUACCACGGCAGCCUCAAGUCCUCCAACUGCGUGGUGGACAGCCGCUUCGUGCUCAAGAUCACGGAUUACGGCCUGGCCAGCUUCCGCCAGGGCCAUGAGAGUGAGGGCAACCAUGCGCUCUACGCCAAGAAGCUGUGGACGGCCCCAGAGCUGCUGCAGAAGGGGACACUGCUCCCGCCACCCCCGGCCAUGCAGAAGGCGGACGUGUACAGCUUUGGGAUCAUCCUGCAGGAGAUCGCACUGCGCAGCGGCGCCUUCUACGUGGAGGGCAUAGAGCUCAGUCCCAAGGAGAUUGUGCAGAAGGUGUGCAACAGCCAGCCACCCUACUUCCGGCCCACCAUCGACACCCGCCUGCACAGUGAGGAGCUGGCUGUCCUGAUGGAGCGCUGCUGGGCUCAGCAGCUGGCCGAGCGCCCGGAUUUUGCCCAGAUUAAAGCCUUCAUCCGGCGGUUCAACAGGGAAGGAAGUACCAGCAUCCUGGACAACCUGUUGUCGCGCAUGGAGCAGUACGCCAACAACCUGGAGAAGCUGGUGGAAGAGCGCACGCAGGCCUACCUGGAGGAGAAGCGCAAGGCAGAGAAUCUACUCUACCAGAUCCUGCCCCAUUCGGUGGCUGAGCAGCUGAAGCGGGGUGAGACAGUACAGGCUGAAGCCUUCGAUUGUGUCACCAUCUACUUCAGCGACAUUGUAGGGUUCACCUCCUUGUCAGCAGAGAGCACCCCCAUGCAGGUAGUGACACUCCUCAAUGACCUCUACACUUGCUUCGAUGCCAUCAUUGACAAUUUUGACGUCUACAAGGUAGAGACCAUUGGUGAUGCCUACAUGGUGGUGUCCGGCCUGCCUGUCCGAAAUGGCAAGCUCCACGCCCACGAAAUCGUCCGCAUGGCCCUGGCGCUCCUGGAGGCUGUGAAGACCUUCCGCAUCCGGCACCGGCCCAGUGAGCAGCUGCACCUGCGUAUCGGGGUCCACUCUGGGCCGGUGUGUGCAGGAGUGGUGGGCCUCAAGAUGCCGCGCUACUGCCUCUUUGGGGACACCGUCAACACAGCUUCACGCAUGGAGUCCAAUGGCGAGGCCUUGAAGAUCCACAUCUCUGCUGCCACCAAGGAGAUCCUGGACGAGUUUGGCUGCUUUCUGCUGGAGCUCCGGGGGGACGUGGAGAUGAAGGUGGGUGUGGGAAGGUGGCUGCUCUUUCACUGCUCUGAGGGGUGGGCUGCAUUGCAAGAAAGGGGGCAAGGGCCUCUCACACAUGUGUCUGCUUUCUGGCAGGGCAAAGGGAAAAUGAGGACCUACUGGCUGCUGGGCGAAGAGAAGACGGCUGUCAUCUGA